AUGUCUUUAAAAAUAGCAAGAAAAGAUCAUAUAAGACCCAAUUUUAUGUUCCAUGCUUUUCAUCAAAUGCAUAAACAAAUACACGAAAUACGAAUAAAUGCAAAUGGCAAUGUUAGAAUGUUAUUUACUGCAUCAUCAUCAUCAAUUGGAAUCACAAUUCAUUUGAAAAUGAUGACAUUUUGA